CAAACUGCGUGCGUAAUGAGCUCUUGGAGUUUCAUUGCAAGUCUUCAGGAGAACGUUAGUUCCCACCGUUGAGCAGUGAUGAUUGGAAAUUCUUCACCACCACCUGACUAUGGAACAGCAUAUUUAGUUCAGUUUCAGUAAUUCAUCACCAGCUCUUGGACGCGUUUUUGCUUUUCCACCAUGGACGGACGUGUAUUCUGGAAUCGGACCUCGCAAAUUCUUCUCAAUGAAUCUUGUGACAAUGAGUGCAAUGACCAUGAUCUGAUUUAUUAUAACUUUGUCCAUCUAACAGAGACGACUAUUUUGCCUUCUCUCAUUGGAAUCCUGUGUUCAACGGGGCUAGUAGGAAACAUUCUGGUAUUGGUGACUAUCCUAAGGACCACAAAGAAGACCGUUCCAGAUGUAUACAUCUGUAACCUGGCCGUGGCUGAUGUGGUCCAUGUGACGGUCAUGCCCUUCCUGAUCCACCAGUGGGCGCGGGGGGGGCACUGGGUGUUUGGCAGCACCCUCUGCACCAUCAUCACCUCACUGGACAACUGCAAUCAGGUGGCCUGUGCAGCCGUCAUGACCGCUGUCAGCCUGGACAGGUACCUGGCGGUGGUGCACCCGUUCCGUCUGAUGACCAUCCGAACCCGCUCUAAGACAAUCUGGAUCAACCUGUUUGUGUGGGUGGUGUCAUUUGUCAUGGUCCUUCCCGCCUGGGUCCACUCCAAAGUCAUUCGCUUCCCUGACGGACUGGAGAGCUGCUCCAUGAACCUGGUCACUCCCAAAGAGGUGCUCUGGUACACCCUAUAUCAGACCAUCACGUCUUUCUUUCUGCCCCUGCCCCUUAUCAUCACCUGUUACAUGCUGAUCCUGUGCUAUACCUGGAGGAUGUACCUGAAGAACAAAAGGGAACGGCGCUUCAGUACUAACAACCAGUCCCGGGAGCGAGCCAUCCGCCUUACCAAGAUGGUUCUGGUCCUAGUGGCGGUUUUCCUGGUGAGCGUAGGGCCCUAUCACAUGCUCCAGCUGGUCAACUUAACACUGCGGCGGCCCACGCUGGCCUACUACACCUGCUACUACCUGUCAGUGUGCCUCAGCUACGCCGCCAGCAGCAUUAACCCUUUCAUCUACAUCCUGCUCAGCGGACACUUCCGUCACCGGCUCACUUACCGCAAGCCGCCCAGCAGGCCUGUUGUUGAGAGGGAGCCAAAUGGGCCCCAGGUCCGUACACCACACUCCAGCUUCUGACAGUCUUGUCCUCAAAGCAGGCACAUACCCAUACACACACACACGCGCACACAUGGGUGCAUGGACGCACACAAGCGCAUCCCCACACACGCGCGCACCCCCCCACACACACACACACCACCACCACUACAGCCUGUCCCCAGCACACUGCGUGGGGCAUUACCUAUGGCAGGAGCAUUACCUUUUGAUCAAGGAUUGCUUUAUUUGACAUUGUGGAUUGACUUACACCUCAACAGGAUCAGAGAGUGUUAUUAUUUAUUUUCUAUUAUGGUUUUCAAACGGACUGUACGAUAGCAUUGGGAUAUUGCAAGGAUUGAUCCACUAUCAUUUUGGAUUUGCCUGAAUUCGGCUGACAUUACUUUCACUGUGUAUUUUAAUGUAUAGCUAAAACACAAAUAACACAUUAAGUGUUUGCCAUCAACACAUAGUUUGGCAUUUGUUUUCAACCUAUAGUUAGUGUUGCUAUAUCAUUAAUUGGUGCAUUGAUUGUAUUGUGUGGGCCUUUGAACACACAGAAACAUCUGUUCUACUGUACUGUAUGUACGGCUAACAGU